AUGGCCUCAAUCGUCCGCCGGGUCACAGUGCUGCUGGAGGCGGCGGAACAGGCUGUCACGGUAGCCGAGGGCGUUUCUCCACCCUUCCGGAUGCCGCCGAGCCGAGAGGAUCUCGAAUAUCUCCAGAAAUUAAUCGGUUCCAUCCGCCUGGGACGAGCACUAACCCCGACGUACAACUUGGUACUGUUAGGUCUGCUGCUGAUCUUGACUGCCCGGCACUGGAGGGAGCAGCGUCGGGACCAGAGGCGAUGGAGGGCCAGGUGCAUAACACCAGCUGGAGAGGCCAAGUCGCCAGCGGUCUCAAGCAAAGUAUAUGAGGCACGGAAUCGUCAAGACACCCAGUUGGGAUCAAAUUCAGACAGCGAGAAUGAAUCCCAGGCGACGUCAUCCUCGUCGAGCAGCACGCUACAAGGACUUGCCACGCCUCCCCAUGCGGCCAAGGACGCCGAGUCUGCCUACGUCGAUCUCGAGAGAUUGCCUCUCUUGGGCCACAGAGCAUCAAUAAACAGGAAUGCUAUUUCACCAGGUGUCUUGGAAAGGUCCAAGAGAGCCUGCGCGGGCUGGCUGGCUCGCCAACCCCAGCCCAUCCCAGUCAUCCGCAGAACGCUCCCCUCCAAUGCAACGACUCUGUUCGUUCUCGGAUGGUUCGGCGUCAACGUAUUCUACCAGAUGUACGGAGUGCCCAUGGGAGGCAAGUACCUCUUUGACGUCGCCGACCGAGCAAGUCUCAUCUUCAUGGCAAACCUGCCGCUGCUCUACAUCCUGGCAGCCAAGAACCAGCCGAUCAAGCUGUUGACGGGUCGAUCAUACGAAUCAUUGAACAUCUUCCACCGACGAGUCGGCGAGCUCAUGUGCUUCGAAGCCCUCGUCCACGUCGCCGGCUUGUUCACAUGGCGGUGCGCAUACGCACCGGAGUGGCUGAUGGAGGGCUCGCUGGACGAGUUCCUCCUGCACCGCAUCGUCGUCGUGGGGCUCGGCGCCUUCUUUGCCUACGAGCUCCUGUACCUGACAUCGCUCGGAAGUUUCCGGCAGCGCUGGUACGAGCUGUUCCUCGCCUCGCAUGUCUCUCUCCAGAUCAUAGCUCUGGUGUUCGCAUGGCUCCAUCACCACACUGCUCGACCUUACGUCGGUAUCGCCCUGGCCAUCUUCGUCAUCGAUAGGGUUAUCUGGCGCUUCCGGCUCAAGACCGUGCGCAUGACUGCCGAUCUCGACAUCCUCGAGGACGGAGAGACGCUUAUGCUGUCGGCAGACUGGGACCUCCCCGUCAUUGAUCCUGAGAAGAAGGACGGGAGCAAGUCCCGGACCAUCAUCAGCGGCUGGCGACCGACCGACCACAUCUUCUUGACGGUGCCUGCCCUCGGCCGGACACAUUCACUCCAGGCACACCCCUUCACCAUCGCCUCGGCAGCCCCGCCCAUCGCCGCCUGGACCGGAUGCGGGACUGGUGCUGCGCAGCCCUCGCACGCGUGGCUCAACCUCCUCGUCCGCGCACAGGCAGGCUUCACGGCAGACCUGCUCGCCCACGCACGGCUGCACCGGCGGAUAGAAGUCCGGCUCGACGGGCCGUACGGGUCCCGGCACGCGCUCGACCUGGCGCGGGCCAGCGACACGGUCAUCUUCGUGGCCGGCGGGUCCGGCAUCGCCGUCGUCUUCCCGCUGGCCGCCGCGCUCCUUCUGCAGGACGCGCCCCGGGUUGCCGCGGGGAAGAAGGGGCAGAAGGUGUACCUGCUGUGGGUGACGCACUCGCGGGCGCACCGCCGGUGGCUGCCCGAGGAGCGCCUGGACGAGCUGGCCGACGCGGGCCUGCGGCUGGUGAUCCCGGAGCCGACUGCCGAGGCUGGGCGUCCGGAUAUCAGGGGCCUGGUGGACGGGUGGAUAGCGGACGGGGCUGGCCGCGACGACGAGGUCGGCGUUGUGGUGUCGGGUCCGGACGGCAUGAACAGGACGGUGCGGAACACUUGUGCGGCGGCACUCGGCCGGGGGGCGAACCUGAGGGUCGCGGUCGAGAAGUUUGGAUGGUGA